GAGAAAUUAUUCAAAGACACUAGUUACUAGUAGCCCACUAUUUAUUUCCUGAUAACUUGAACGCAUUCUUGAUCAAACUAGCAAUACCUCGGAACCAACUAUGAAGCUCUCCACUACUCUCCUCCACGGCAUCGCCCUCCUUGUGGCCGUCGCAUGGGCAACUCCCAUCCCUGCGCCUGAUGAUGGCUCCAUUCGAAUCCCCGUGAAGGGCGCUCCAGCAAAAAGCGAAGACGGUACAAUCAGGAUCCCGGUCAAGGGCGACCCCGAUAAGCGCGACGAUGGCUCCAUCAGAAUUCCCGUGAAGGGAGAUCCAGCGAAACGAGAGGAUGGUUCCAUUAGAAUUCCUGUGAAAGGAGACCCAGAUAAACGCGACGAUGGCUCUAUCAGGAUCCCCGUUAAAAGCGACCCCUCCAAACUCGACUAGAAAACCACUCAAGGGACUCGCGCGAAAAUAUACAACACAGAUAUAAGUGAGUCCAGCAGCCCUUCCCAAAUCUGAUCAGGAAUACC